GGCCUGCAGAUACCGACAGCACACCGGCCGCACAAUGGGCGCCUCUGCUUCUACUGAGUUUCAGAAGGAGGCAGUGUUUCACAUCAAUGGAAAGGAGUAUCACGUGGACAACACAGUUCCUGUGGGUACCUCAUUAAAUACUUACAUAAGAAAUUAUGCCAACCUCAAAGGAACUAAAGCAAUGUGCCAUGAAGGAGGCUGUGGAACAUGUAUCGUUAUGGUUACGAAGAAACAUCCUGUCAGCAAAAAAGUGGAAUCAUUUGCAGUCAAUUCUUGUUUGAUGCCAGUAUUUUCAUGCCACAACUGUAGGAUAACAACAGUUGAAGGAAUUGGCAACAAAAAAAUGGGGUAUAAUUCAGUGCAAAAGACACUUGCUGCUUUCAAUGGUACACAGUGUGGGUACUGUUCUCCUGGAAUGGUUAUGAACAUGUACAGUCUGUUGCAGAGGGGAAAAGACAUUUCAAUGGCAGAUGUUGAAAAUUCUUUUGGUGGAAAUAUUUGCCGCUGCACUGGGUAUCGCCCAAUACUUGAUGCAUUUAAGUCUCUUUCCUCUGAUGCUUCAACAGAACUUAAAGGCAAAUAUCCAGAUAUUGAGGAUAUAACUCAAAAGAUUUGUGCAAAAAAUGGGAAACCAUGUAAUGAAAAAUGUGCCAAUAAUAGUGACACAUGCAGUCAACAGAAUGUGCUCUCGCCACUACAUUUGGAAACACAGCCUUCAGAAUGGUUUAGAGUUGAUAAAAUUGGUGAUAUUUUCAAUAUUCUAGCAACAAAAUCUGAUAAAAAAUACAUGCUUGUAGCGGGCAACACAGCUCAUGGUGUAUAUCGAAGGAAACCUGACAUUGAACUAUUCAUCGACAUUAGUGAUGUUGAGGAACUCAAGAAAUUCACCAUUGAUUCGGACAUAACAAUUGGUGGAAAUAUGUCUCUCACUGAAGUUAUGGAGCUAUUUUAUGAUAUUUCAAAAUCAAACAAAAAUUUUAGCUACACCAAAAUGCUUGCAGAUCACAUAGACCUCGUGGCAAAUGUUCCAAUUAGAAAUGCAGGAACAGUUGCUGGAAAUCUGUCAAUUAAACACAUGUACCAAGAGUUUCCAUCUGAUAUUUUUCUCAUUCUGGAAGCUGCAGAUGCUAGGAUCAAUAUAGCUGACAAGAAUGGAGGUCAAAUUUCUGUCAGUCCAGCAGAGUAUUUGCAAACUGACAUGAACCACAAAAUUAUUAAAAGUAUAACAUUGCCAUCCCAUGAUGACAAUUACUAUUUCAAGACAUAUAAGAUCAUGCCAAGAGCACAAAAUGCUCAUGCCUAUGUAAAUGCUGGGUUUCUAUUCAAAUUGGACAUGAAGAAUGUGGGAAAAGUGAUUUCAAAACCAAGAAUUGUGUUUGGUGGAAUCAGUCAUGAUCUGAUACAUGCUACAGAGCUAGAAAAGUAUCUUGAAGACAAAAAUAUAUAUGAAAUGAACACACUUCAGAAGGCUCUCAGAAUUCUGGAUUCUGAAAUACAGCCCAAAAAAAUGCCACCUGAAGCCUCUCCUGAAUACCGCAAAGGUUUGGCACUAGCUUUAUUCUACAAGUUUGUGCUGAGCAUGUCCCCUGAGAGCUUGAAACCAAACCUGAGAAGUGGGGGUGAAAUGUUAAAGAGGCCACUUUCUUCUGGAAAACAGGAAUAUGACACAAAGAAGGAAUUGUGGCCAUUAGGAAAACCAGUAUCAAAACUUGAAGCUCUGUCUCAAUGUUCUGGAGAAGCAAAAUAUGUAAAUGAUGUGCUCACCAUACCAGAUGAAUUGUACUGUGCAUUUGCUGUUACAUCUAUUGCAAAUGGUCACAUAAAAGAUACAGAUCCCAGUGAUGCCUUGGCUGUUCCUGGGGUGGUGGCAUAUUAUGAUGCAAAAGACAUACCAGGAAAGAACAGCUUUUACCCAAAAUCUUUCUUCAGUUUUACUGAGGAGGAGAUAUUUUGCUCUGGAAAUGUAAAGUACAAUGGACAACCAGUAGGAAUGAUUGUGGCAGAGUCACAUGAUAUUGCUGUUGAAGCUGCCAAAUUGGUGAAAAUAAAUUAUGAUGUUGUUAACAAACCCAUUCUUCACUUAAGAGAUGCACUUAAAUCUGGAGAAAAGAGCAGGGUUAUGGUGAUUGGUGAAACUAAGCCAACUGAUCCUGAAAAAAGGAGAAAGACAAAACAUGUCAUUAAAGGCAGCUUUGACAUUGGCACUCAGUAUCACUACACAAUGGAAACACAAUGUGCUGUGUGCAUUCCAAUAGAAGAUGGUAUGGAUGUUUAUCCUGCUACACAGUGGAUGGAUGAGACUCAGAUAGCAAUAUCAGAAGUUCUUAAAAUGCCAGAAAACAGCAUAAAUGUCCAGGUGAGAAGACUUGGUGGAGCCUAUGGUGCUAAAAUUUCACGGAACAUGUUGGUUAGCACAGCCUGUGCUCUAGCAGCACAUCUUCAGAACAGGCCAGUUCGCUUCAUUCUUCCACUUGAAACAAACAUGGAAUCAAUAGGAAAAAGACAUGACUGUGCUAUAGAUUAUGAAGUUGGAGUGGAGGAUGAUGGAACCAUAACAUACAUGGAAGCAAACAUGUACCAUAACUGUGGGGCUUCAGCCAAUGAUGCUCCUGGUCUUUUUGCCCUUGGCCAUCUAGAGAACUGCUAUGACAAAAGUACAUGGAAAGUGACAGCUAGUGCUGUCUUCACAGAUUUACCAAACAACACAUGGUGUAGAGCUCCAGGUUCUGCUGAAGGUACUGCAUUCAUUGAAAACAUUAUGGACCACAUUGCAAAAGAACUUGGAAAAGAUGCUAUUGAGGUGAGGUUGAAGAACCUGCCCAAAGAUGAUACAAAAAUUGCUGACAUGGUCCCAUAUUGGAAGACUAAAUCAGAUUAUUCUAAUAGGGUAUUGGCUAUUCAAGACUUUAACAAGAAUAACCGCUGGAGAAAAAGAGGGAUUUCAGUUGUCCCUAUGAGAUAUGGAUUUCAGUAUUUUGGUAAUUUUAAUGCAAUAGUGUCAGUUUAUCAUCACGAUGGAACAAUCUCAGUGUCACAUGGAGGAAUUGAAUGUGGACAAGGAAUAAAUACUAAGGUUGCUCAGGUUUGUGCCUAUGCACUUGGAGUGCCACUAGAGUUUGUGAGUGUAAAGCCAAGUAAUGUUCUGACAGCCCCUAACAAUGUAGUCACAGGUGGAAGCAUUGCAAGUGAAGCAUGUGCAUUUGCUACACUGCGUGCUUGUGAAGAACUUUCAAACCGUUUGGCUCCUAUCAAAGCAAAGCUAAAAGACCCUUCUUGGCAGGAGCUUAUUGCUGCAGCAUAUUCAGCAAAUGUUGAUCUCUGUUCAACAUUUAUGAUGUAUGCUGGGAUCACAGAUGCCCUAAAGCAGUACUACAUUUAUGGAGUAACUGUAGCUGAAGUGGAAGUUGAUGUACUAACAGGACAACAGCAGAUAUUACGUGUAGAUAUACUGGAAGAUGCCGGAGAAAGCAUGAGCCCAGAGAUUGAUAUAGGCCAAGUAGAAGGAGCCUUUGUGAUGGGUCUUGGCUAUUGGUUAAAGGAAUUCAUGGUUUAUGAUGAUGAAACUGGAAAGGCAUUGACAAACAGAACCUGGAAUUACAAACCUCCUGGAGCCAAAGAUAUCCCUAUUGACUUCAGAAUAGAGCUGAGGAAAAAUGCUCCUAAUCCUGUUGGAGUUCUUCGUUCAAAAGCAACUGGUGAACCACCCCUCUGCAUGAGCAUUAGUGCUUUAUUUGCAACACGUGAAGCGGUACUGGCAGCUAGACAAGAUUCUGGUCACUCUGGCAAGUGGUUUGAGAUGAAUCCUCCUGCUACCCCAGAAAAAGUUUUCCUUACCAGCCUGACAAGCUACAAGCAGUUUGAACUUUAAAAACUUACAAAAGUUAAUGAUGCUUCCAUUUGCUUAUUUAGUCUAAUUAUUUAACAAUAGUCAUUAAAUGAAUAUGCUAUUGAAACAUGAGCUUAUGUUUCAGUAACAUGCAGUAACAAUGGAGAGGGAGUUGAAUGGUUGCAGUAAGAACACUCCUCAUGAUAAUAUGAGGCACACUGAAAAAGCAAGAGCUACUUGAUUUAUGUAUGCUCCUUAGAAAAAGUUUUCACUGGAGAUUUGAGUUCCCUACAAACCUACUUCACAUUUCCACUCUAAAGGCCAGUCACUUAUAAACACUUUCGUAACAUAGCACUAGCCUCUUAAACCCCACUGCAUAGGAUAUCUCCACCUAGAAGUUGAACCAGUUGACAAUGGUGGUAUUGAGGUCCUCAUCAUCUUUAGAUCACUGUUUCAUGUGCAAGAAAUAUGACAGUUUCUGAGAGAAAACGUGGAACUGUAGGAUGGGUGAUUGAAAUGUUCUUAAUAGAAAAGCUUCCCUAAGCCAUUGAUUUUAGAUGAUACAUAAGAAUUUUUGCAAUAACAUUAACUGUAACUGAGUGGUUCAGUGCAAUAAAGUCCUAGCCCAACUGGAA